ACGUGACAAGUCAUAUAUACAUAUACAUAUAUUAAAUCAUGCUGGCACGUACAAAGGAGUGGAUUAUGUUAGAUAACGUUGUGAACUUAAAAUUAAUAUCUGGAUCCGUCAAUGAAAAACUUGUCAGGAAAUGGUUGCAUCUCUGUCACUCAACAUGAAACGUGGGCCUAUUCUUAGAGCUAUAGAAGUCUAUAUAUUGCCAAAGGAGUUAGGGAAGGACCAUUGAUUGCGUAUCCUUAAUAAGCGUCGGGUCAUGUAUAUUAUUAUAUCCUCCACCAUUUUUAAGGAGGAAAACAGUAGACAAUUCUUUCCGAGUUCCUUCCCUAUCUCACCUUUCUUCUGAGAUAGCGACUGGAACUCGGUGUUUGUCUUCCCUUGAAUCUAUCUUCUUAUCCUUUCUUUUCUAAAAGGAAGAUGGCAUUUAGUGGGACGAUAGAUAAAUGCACGGUUUGUGAUAAGACUGUUCACUUCGUUGAUUUAUUAACUGCUGAUGGGAUUCCUUAUCAUAAGACCUGCUUCAAAUGCACCCAUUGCAAUGGCUUACUCGUGAUGAGCAACUAUUGUUCAAUGGAAGGAGUGCUUUAUUGCAAACCUCACUUUGAACAACUCUUCAAAGAAACUGGCACUUAUACCAAGAAUUUCCAAUCCAAAAAAUCCGACAAGCCAAAUGGGCAGACAAGGACUCCGAACAGACUUGCAGCCUUCUUCUCAGGCACACAAGAUAAAUGCGGAGUCUGUAACAAAACCGCGUACCCCUUAGAGAAGGUGACAGUGGAGGGAGAAAACUACCACAAAUCCUGCUUCAGGUGUUCACCAGGAGGUUGCUUGCUUACACCAUCAACAUAUGCUGCAAUGGAUGGUAUCCUUUACUGCAAGCAUCACUUUGCUCAGCUGUUCAUGGAGAAGGGAUGCUACAGUCACCUUGCCAAGCAAGCCUGCAUGAAGAAAAACUUGGCAGGAUCUUCACCGGAGCAAAAGCCCGAAGAUGCAGUCGAAUCGGAAGAUGAUGCGAAACCAGAAGCAGAAGAAACAGAAGAAAAAUCUGAAGAAGAUGGUGCAGAAACCUAAUAGUGGAAUGCUCACUGAACGAUCAGGGGAUUUAUCCGAAUUGCGGUGCUUGACCUUGUUCUGUUGAAGUUCUUCCUAUGGCUCCAAGGGUCUCCCCAGUUCUCCACCUUGCAAGCAAAUUCAAGGUGUUGGUCCAAAUUUAUUGUGUCAUUUGUCAUUGGAAAUGAGAUGGGAAAAGGGAAUCAAAUUUGUAAUGGGACUAAGGGCAGGGGGUUUGUGUUCAGACUUUCACCAUUGCUUUGCUUUUGAAAUCAGAUUCCUAUAGUUUUCCAUUGCUUGAAA